AUGCAUGUGGUUGCCGAAUCCCGCUAUCGAAUCAUCGAUGUUCACAUGGCUCUCCCGUGGACUAAAAGAUGUAUUCAGUUGUCUACUGGUCUGGAAUUUGCUUCAAAGAUAAUCAACACCAAGCGGUUAUCAUCCAGAGUCCGCCUCCAUGACAGUAUUCAGGAUGAGGGCUUUCAUUACCUUGUGUUUGAUCUCGUGACGGGCGGUGAAUUGUUCGAAGAUAUUGUGGCACGAGAGUUUUACAGCGAAGCUGAUGCCAGCAAGUGCAUACUGUUUAUCCUUGAUGCUGUUCACUACUGUCACGAGAACGCCAUCGUACACCGUGAUUUGAAGCCGGAAAACUUGUUGUUGGCUAGCAAGUCUAAGGGCGCUGCAGUGAAGCUGGCCGAUUUUGGCCUCGCCAUUGAGGUUCAAAAUGACCAGCCACAAUGGUUCGGUUUCGCCGGAACUCCAGGCUACCUGUCCCCGGAAGUGUUGCGCAAGGAACCCUACGGAAAGGCUGUAGAUAUUUGGGCUUGUGGUGUCAUCCUGUAUAUUUUAUUGGUCGGCUAUCCUCCUUUCUGGGAUGAAGACCAGAACCGACUGUACAGUCAAAUCAAAUCCGGAGCGUUUGAUUAUCCUUCUCCUGAGUGGGAUACCGUCACUCCAGAGGCGAAAAACCUCAUCAACGCCAUGCUUACGGUUUGCCCUUCUCGUCGAAUCACCGCGGCCGAAGCGCUCAAGCAUCCGUGGAUUUGUCAACGAGAGCGAGUUGCCUCCAUGGUGCACCGACAAGAAACCGUGGAAUGCUUGAAGAAAUUCAAUGCUCGCCGUAAGCUCAAGGGCGCCAUUCUCACUACUAUGCUUGCUACCCGGAACUUCUCUACCGGGCGUACUGUAAUAGGCAGCUCACAAAAGAAAUCGAACGGAGGUACGAAAGAGGCUUCCGACAGUACUGCCAUCGCAGAAGACCCAUUGGACUCAAAAACCGCACCCCAUGUACCUGGAAACAUCGAUGCUGCCCUGAUUGCGCUUGAAAGUAAAAAACAAGAUAUCAUUCGCGUAACGGAACAACUUUUGGCUGCAGCGGCGGCGGGCGACUUUGAGUGUUACGCGAAAUAUCUGGACCCGCAGUUCACCUACUUCGGCCCAGAAGCCCGUGGCAAUCUCCUCGAGGGCGUAGAUUUUCACAAAUUCUACUUUGAACAAAUUAUCCCGAAAUCCGUUGUCCGGUCGAUUCACACCACAAUACUCAACCCUACUGUACAUCUCCUUGGAGAAGAUGCAGCCUGUAUCGCCUACGUUCGCCUCACGCAGUUCUUGGAUAAGUGCGGCAUACCUCACACACAACAAACAGAGGAGACUAGAAUCUGGACCAGGCGUGACGGUCGAAGUUGGCAGAACGUCCAUGUGCAUCGCUCCUGCAUGCCACUGAGCAGUGGACCGGCCAGUUUAGCCACAGGGAAUCCUAACGUGUCUACCAGUUUCAACUAUCCGAUUUAAUUCAAACGCCCACUGCUUCCUCGCUCACGCAAUAGCUGGGCCCCAGUUUGGGCGCUCACUUAUCCUUCCCACUGUGUGUAUGUGUCUGUGGUCGGAACACCGGCUGCCUGUUUAGGCUCCAAAUAAGAUGACUUGGGUACUAAUCUAGUCAGCGCAAAUCCAUAUACAUCGUUCCCACUCUACUACCGUGACGCUUGAACUGACUGUUUCCUCACCUCAACUGCUGUUGUCAUCCCUAACAUUGCCAACCAAAAAUAACCACUUACUUGCUGUCUGUUGGCAAGCAAGAAGUGACGGUUCGAUAUUUUGUCAACCAACUACUCAGUGAAUCAGAGUGCGCGCGUUCACACGCACAUGUUCUCUGUAUUAUUUAUCCCUUGUGCCCAACAAUUGCUUCUUAUCUUCGCCCAAUGAUCUCUUCCUUUACAGACGGAUGGGCACGUGUGUGUGUAUGUAUGUAUGUGUGUGUGUGUGUGAAUCGGAACCUCUGGACAGUUUUGUCCAAACUCACUCCGUAUCAUUCCUUUUUACAUUUUUACUUGCUCCAUUGCUCUCUCCCUUGCUGUGCAUCUGUUGGACGAUAUUUGUAACAAAGCAAUCUGGGAUACUAUUGCGUCACGCGACCAUGACCUUUACCAAAUCCUUUGAUCGAUGCUCUGUUUGGAUCUCCACCUAUUUAGUGUUUUUUCCUGAACCAGAGCGCUCCACUUCCCGCGUUUAUGUGUUUGUGUACAUCUCUUGUUUGUUUACCCCUCCUUGCCUACCAACUCCACACUCAACUCAGCAUCUGUAAUAUUGUUCUCACUAUAUCAGUCCCCUUAUGGUUUGUUGGAUAACUAUUUUCGUUAUUCGAGACAUUUGUGUGUGACACCCGUCUCCGUUUAUGUGUGAAUCUGUGAUUCCCUCGCUUCAACUGAUACCGUUUCACCACUCGUUGCUAUUGUCUGAUCUAGGAUUUUCCUGUCAAGUGAACUGCCAAUCACAUGGUCACCUUCAUGCGCUCUUCUCACUGUCUCUGUCAUUUGUGUCCUGAUCGACCGCCUGUCCUUCUCUGCUUGUCCAAAUUAGGUUUGAUGUUCCGACUCCUGAUUGGAUGGGUUGAUCGUGGUUGUGAAUCCCACAACCGGGGGAACGAUUAAGUGUCUUUCAAUGCGCCCAAGCUGUCGCUCAGUUGAUCUGUAUUAUUGUUUAUGUCAACCAACUUCCUUCAUCCGCUCUCCUGUGGUCCUGACCCCCCCAGUUGCUAUAAACCUCUGGUUAGUUGUUAUUUGUCGGGCGUUUUUUUACACUCGUCUAAGCUGGAGCAUUGGACCACGAGCUAUGUUGUAACUGUAUCCAAAAGGUAUCCAUCCGACUUACGAGCCUCCCAACGUUGUUGAACAAGUUGUAGUCAGUCGUCUUUCCGUUCAGAGCUGCUUAUCCAUUCCCCGAACAUGUUGCGCAUGUGGAACAUUCACCCCCCUUCAUCUACCCAGAGGAUUCGUUAUCGUCGAGCUUUUUCUCAGCACCAUAAUUAUGGAAGAAUUGAGUUCAACUUCGUUUUUGUUUCUUUCUCGCCCUCCUACAAUUUUAAGAUUUUGAUUUGCUGAAUGUCUCGCGAUGGACUGUUGUUUCACUAUUUUAUGUUCUUGAUCUAUUGAUCCAUCAACGGACUUGAUUUCGCACCCUGUUUUGCCACCCUUUUUCGGGACGUGAUUUUCCUGUUGGGUCACUUUGUGACAUGACUGUUCCUCCUGUUCCUUUAUUUGCCCUCGACCAAGUGGCUUGUUUUUUCUUUUCUCUUAGGAUUGAUUACGCGCAUCCAUUCGCCUGACAACUUACUGGUGUUCUCAUGCACAUUUCUCUUCUUCCCUCUGAUUGAUAUUGUCGCACCUGUUCUUUUUUUACUCCCAUUUUUUUUCCGCGGGUGUUUGCGCAAAACCGGAGUUUGUAAAUUCUCCGGACAGACCUAUUUCUGCGCUCCUUCACUCUUUCUUUUCCGCCUUUCUGUGCCGGUCUUCGUCACUGCACCUGAUACGGGUUCGCUCUGGUGCAGCUUGGUAUGGAUUCUGAUAGUACAGCUUUUUUCCUCAA